AGAGUCAGUCAGUCGCAAAGGCUGAAGAAGAAGACGAUGGCAUGUUCAGGAAAUCAGCAAAAGAGGUUGAAAACCGAAGAGGUAACGAGUGACGCGACGGAGGAACAACAGUACAUGAUAAUUAAGGUUGUAAGAGAUGAAGAUAUCCGGAAUGACAUUGGGAAAACCAGGUACUUUGAUCUCGCAGAUCAUGACAAAGUCACGAGCUUUCGUGUUCCAAACCUGUUAGUGUUUCAAACUCUUCAAGGUAUGCAUAUGAUGCUCAGCUUUAGGUUAUUGGAUAUGCUGGCUCUGACUCUUUGUGUAUAGUUUCAGGCAGUUUGCCAUGAGAUCAAGUUAUGUAGUUUUAUUCUUUAUCCUGGAAACUGUUGCUCGAGAAUUAAAAAUACCAGUUCUGUUUCAACGCUUCUGGUGGUGGAAACUGUCGUCCAGCAACGCCAGUGACUUCUUCCGAGGAAAAUCGACUGGUAAGAAAGAAGGCACUCGCUAGUUGCUUCUCUGAAUGUGUAAAUGGUUGUAUGCAGUUGAUUUCUCUCUACCUUCUUAUGCCCAUCAAUAUGGCCAAUGAUCAUCAUCAAAAUAAGUUGCACUAUUUUCUACCAAAAAAAUUUAAAGCUGCAUU